CGUGUCGUCCAUCAUUGCCUUCCCUCACAUCGCAACAAAACCCACCUUACACUCUCCUCUUCUUUCUCUCUCGCGCAGAGCUAGCAAGGCUCUCCUAGGGUUUCUUUUCCUCUACUUGUCCUUUCCCAGGAAGCUAAAACCCCACCAAAACCUUCCCAAUCCUGCACAUUUUGCCUUUAACUCUCCACAUUUCACAUCCAUUGUCAAUUUCUAUCUUCAAAGGAAAUCCAACAUCUUCACACCAGCCAUAUCAAUCGAUUCAUGGCCAAAACCAAACCAGGCAAAAAAGACCUCGAUUCCUACACUAUCAAAGGCACCAACAAAGUUGUUCGACCUGGUGAUUGUGUGUUGAUGCGCCCAUCGGACUCUGAUAAGCCUCCCUACGUGGCACGUGUUGAGAAAAUUGAGGCCGAUCAUCGCAAUAACGUCAAAGUCCGUGUCCGGUGGUACUAUCGGCCUGAGGAGUCCAUCGGUGGCCGCCGUCAAUUCCAUGGGGCAAAAGAGCUCUUCUUAUCGGACCACUACGAUGUGCAAAGUGCACACACAAUUGAAGGCAAGUGCAUCGUGCACUCCUUCAAGAAUUACACUAAGCUUGAAAAUGUUGGAGCUGAGGAUUACUUCUGUAGAUUCGAAUACAAGGCUGCCACUGGCGGGUUCACCCCUGACCGCGUAGCUGUGUACUGUAAAUGUGAGAUGCCAUACAAUCCAGAUGAUCUAAUGGUGCAGUGCGAGGGUUGCAAAGAUUGGUUUCAUCCUUCUUGUAUGGGUAUGACAAUUGAAGAAGCCAAAAAAUUGGAUCACUUUCUAUGUUUUGACUGUUGCUCUGAUCAUGAUGCCAAAAGAACUUUAAAUGCAUUCCCAGUAUCACCUUCUGUUGAAGCCAAGGUGGAGACAAAGCGAAGGAAGAGAUGACUGGAUAAUCAUUGAUGUGUGAUGGAGAGGUACUUUUCUUGCACAUUAGCUCCAGUAUGUUCUUGUUGUCCUGUUGUUGAAUUGUACAGUGCUGAGAAGAUUCUAUGUUAGCACAAACAAGAGGCAUUUCUUAUUAUUUAUCAUUUUCUAGUGUUUGUAUGUGUGAAUGAACUUAGGAGAUGAUCUCUUGUGCUCAGUGAUGUCCUCUUGAGAACUGUGCCAAAAAUUGCAUUAUCUUAUUAAUGUGCCCAUGAUGACGAAUCAAACUAAACAUCUAGAAAACUUGUGGGUUUAUUGUGAUAUUGCUGCUCUUUCUGUUCUUUUCUUCUGCUUCUCUUAAAUCAUAAGGGAUGAGGAGAGAGGAGUUGGGGUUUUAGCAAGAGAUGUGACAGUGGACUUAAUCCAGGCACUGCUUUGGACUCAAAUCUCCUUGUGGAGUGGUUUUUUGAAGCAGAACAAGGUGAAUCCCACCACGCAAUCUCAACAUCCAUGGUGGGUGUUUUUUUUUUUUCGUAUAGGAGGUUCUGAAAUUUUUGAGCGAGUGUCCCAAUUCUCUAGUUGCCAGUGCUUCUGAAAUUUUGAAUCACCUGUUCAAGAUAGCUGAUUGAAUGUGGAAUUUCUUCAAUUGAGCAGACCUGCCCAUGGCCUAGCUGAGGGCAUCAUCUAUUUUGUAUGAAUUUCUAUGCAUCUAUAAAUAACCAUGUUUGCAGUCA